CAUCGUUACAACUUUGUCUUCUUCAACCUAAUUUUUUUGUUUGCCACUGUAGUCGUCGUGCUCAUUUUACUCACUCACUCACUCAGAUUUGAGAUUGAGAGAUUUGGAGGAGGAUGACGACGAUAGGAGGGUUGUUAAUGGGAAUUGGAAGAUCAUUCAGAAGGAAGAGAGCUUCUUCACUUGAUAUACUCUCCCCUAAACGAGCUCCUCGAGACUUCUACAAGGGCAAAAACUGCAAACCCCAUGGUUUCCACACCAGAAAAGGAGGAUACGUUGUGCAGCAAGAUAAAUUGCCGAAUUAUGUAGUCCCUGAUCUCACCGGCUUUAAGCUGAAACCAUAUGUAUCUCAGUGCCCUUUACAAGUCAACACAAACGAGUCAGCCGAAGCUUCCAAGUGAAAAUAGUCAGUCAGAAGAAAUAUGUUUUUAGGUCUUCUUCAUUUAGCUUCAUCAAGUUAAGGACUGUGUUCUACCAAAUUUGUCUUCUCUUAUACUUUAUCCUUAAUCCUCUUGUGCUAUUCUUAAAAUGGGAGAUUUGGUUUGAAUAAAAUUCCAAAAUAAAUAAUAACAUGUUUUAUGUGGUUGAAUUAUAUAUUAUUCAUUUGACAA